UCAACUUUUUGAGAGGAAGAAAAAGAGUUGCUGCACUAAAAUUAAAAAGAAUGUUAAAAUUUUAAAUUUUAUACAAAAUACAUACGUCAGUUAUUCGCGAAACCAAGAAACUGCAACGUUAUUCUUUCUCCGUCAAGAAAGUGACAUUUAUGUAUUUUGUUAAAAAACAUUGGUAAUACUAGAGGAAGAGGUGUUAAAACAAAGACAUUUCUUAUAGUUCAGCGCCCUAGUGGAUUUGUCAUGUUCAAGGUUCUAUAAAAUUUGUAAAGUUAAAUUUUUUUUUAUGAACAAAUUAAGAGUCUGCAAUUGUAAAAACAAUUAAAGGUUUCUGAGAAGCAAAACUUCACUGCUUUAAGAUUAUUUUACUAUGCAAAAGAGUUUUUUGAUUGUAAACACAUCACAAAAACGACAAUCUAUUGAUCUCUAUAAUAUAAUUUAACUAUAUUAGAUUCGCUAAUAAUUACAAAAAAAUUAUAUAAAACUAAUUACGUUAAAAUGAAGUUAUUUGCAUUUAUAGUAUUUAUAAAUUUUAGCUUUUACGUAACAUGUCAGGUUGUUAAUACAAAAAGCAGUAAAGAUAUUCAUCGAGCUAAAGAAUUAGACGAUGAUACAUGGCGUGAAAUAUUCGAUGGAGAAUGGAUGAUUGAAUUUUUUGCACCAUGGUGUCCAGCGUGCAAAAGUUUAGAACCCGUUUGGGAAAAAUUUGCACAAAAAGCUUCACAAGAAAAUAUUCGUGUGGGUAAAAUAGAUGUUACAAAAUCACCAUCAUUAAGUGGUAGAUUUUUUAUAACAGCUUUGCCUACAAUUUAUCAUGUGAAAAAUGGAGAAUUUCGUCAAUACAGAGGACCAAGAGAUGAAGAGUCAUUAAUAAAUUUUAUUAGAAAGAAAUUGUGGGAGAAUAUGGAACAACUUCCAUAUUGGAAGCGGCCUGAUUCAAUUCAAAUGUCAGUUUUAUCAUUCAUUUUUAAAAUAUCUCAUUUUUUAAAAGAUGUUAAUACCCAAAUACAUGAAACUUAUGGUUUACCAACAUGGGCAGCAUACGUUAUUUUUGCUAUAGUAACAAUAUUUAUUGGAGCAAUAUUAGGUCUCUUUUUGGUAUGCCUAGUCGAUUUUAUUUAUCCUCCAAAUAAAGGGUCUCGAGAAAGCACUAAAGCAGCAAAAAAUAAUUACAAUGAACUGGAUGAUCUUAAAGAGGAAAUUCAGGAAAAUGAUGAGAAAGAAGAAGACAAAUCAAAAGCUAAAACUAUUAAAAGCGAAUAAGUUGAAUAAUUAUAUUUAGUAUCGUUUUAUCAAAAGAAAACAUUUGAAAUAUCUCAACAAGAAUAGUAAACAUAACACGAUUAUUGAAAAAUACGGACAAAAAAAGGCUGAAUACAAUACAAAGUGGAUUGUUCAACUAAGAAAUCAUAACAAUUCCUUCUUGAUUUCCCAAUAGAAUAAUAUUGUAUAUAUUAAAAUGUUAAACAUUCUAAUUUUGAUUGCUAAAAAACCAUUACAAUAAAAAAUACUUUUUUUUAAUUUAUUUUUAAAUCUAAAUGUUACUAUGCAUGUAAAUUAAAAUUGUUUAACAUGUCUCAAUAAAUUUUUAUUUAAUUUUCAAACUAUA